UCAUGAUGGAGUUGUCAGUUCAGUAAAACAGAAAGCCGCUUGUUUUCACCACAACCUGUGCCUGGGGUAUCUAGAAGCAAGGACAUAUUUUCGUUUCCAGUUCGGAAUAUAUUGGAGCAGCCUUGAAGAGUCAUUUGAACGAAGACAUUGGAACAGAAUGUAGUAAAUUAACAAGAAAUACAACGCUGUGCCGGCCAGCCUUCGGUGGUUCCAAUGCAAUUGAUGGAAGCUAGUAAUCGAUAUAAGAAAUAGUGCAAAUGUAGAAAGCAUGGUAACAUUGAUCAUUGUACCAAGAAAUUCAACAAAAACACAGAAAAAAACAGAGCCUCAGGUGAAAAUAGUUAAACAGAAGCAGCGCGCACCGUGGAGUGGGGAUUUGCACGGCGAGAAAAGGGCCCGAAAGUUCAGUCGAAGAAACUCCCAUUUUCACUUGUGGCAAUAUCUAUUGCACAUAAAACGAACGGAUAUCGAGCCGGAAAGUCACCCUCGGCCUAAGGUGGUUUUGUUUCCGUGUACCGCGCACUGCUGUAUCGCUCGGCCGGCACUAUGUCGGCCGACGCUGAAGAUGCAGACGACGAGCAGCAGCUGCUGCUCGAUCCGUUCUCACAGCUGGAGGAAGAUUUGCGAAACAUUAAAUCCGUGAUUCAUGUAACUCGGGAAAAUAUCGAUGCUCUAAAUGCGAAGUUCGCCGACUUCCAACAGCCACCGGCAUUGUAUUUGGAAGAGUACCAGGAGCUGACGUCAAAGCUGCAUGAUCUCGAAAUUAAAGAACAGGAUCUAUUGGAGAAGAAAAUGCAACUCCAAAACGAACAAUCGAGUGAACCAAGUGAACCUCCCGAUCCUGAAGAACGUGUAGAGGUCGAAAGUAUGUGUGGAACGCUAAGCAGGCAAUCGAAAAUGUUGCUUAGAGCGUUCUUGCCGAAUCAGCAGCGUACGUCGGUUCAAGUCAUACCCGGUAUGCGAUUGAAAGAUGCAUUAGCCAAAGCACUGAAACGUCGCAACCUGACCUGCGAGUUCUGCGAAGUAACAGCCGGGAACAGCGACUAUCCGAUACCCUGGGAGACAGACGUGAGCGCUUUAAAUUGUGAUGAAGUUUUUGUGCGUAUCCUGGAUAUCGGAUUCCCGACAUAUAUUUCACACCAGUUUAUUCGCAAAACGUUUUUCUCGCUGGCAUUCUGCGAGUGUUGUCGCCGUUUGUUGUUUACCGGAUUCUAUUGCAACCAGUGUAACUACCGGUUCCAUCAACGAUGUGUCGAUAAAGUGCCACCAAUAUGUAGUAAACGGCACAUGGACAGCACGUUCUACCAUGUUUUGUUGGCUAAUCCGGAAAGUACGGCCGGUAUCAUCAAUCCAGGCGCUGGCGGAUAUAGCACGAGUUUGCGACAUCCGCGAACACUCAAUCAGCAGGAUCGUUCCAACUCGGCACCCAACGUAUGCAUCAACAAUGUGAUAAAGCCGUUUUUUGGAGCGGACAAUCGAACUAUUAUCAGCAAUCGUCCGUUGCAGGCUCAAACGAAUCAAGAACACUCACAUUCCACGCAGGCAUCACCAACAAAUACGUUGAAUCACAGUAAGAGACCAAGAGCUCGAUCAGCAGACGAAAGCAAUAAGAAUCUGCUAUCUCCGCGGGAUUCGAAACAAUCGGAUGAAAAUUGGAACAUUCAAGCUGAAGAGAUCCUGAUUGGACAGCGAAUUGGUUCCGGUUCGUUUGGUACGGUGUAUAAAGCGCACUGGCACGGUCCGGUGGCAGUAAAAACACUGAACGUGAAAACGCCGAGCCCGGCGCAGCUUCAGGCGUUCAAGAACGAGGUCGCGAUGUUGAAGAAAACACGACACUGUAAUAUAUUGCUGUUUAUGGGAUGCGUGAGCAAGCCAUCACUAGCCAUCGUGACUCAGUGGUGCGAAGGUAGCAGUCUGUAUAAGCACAUUCACGUGAACGAAACUAAAUUUAAGCUGAACACGCUGAUCGAUAUAGCCCGACAGGCAGCUCAAGGAAUGGACUAUUUGCACGCAAAGAAUAUCAUCCACCGGGAUCUCAAGUCGAACAACAUAUUCCUUCAUGACGAUUUUUCCGUAAAGAUCGGUGAUUUUGGGCUAGCAACAGCCAAGGUACGAUGGUCGGGCUCCCAACAAUCCAACCAACCAACUGGAAGCAUCCUCUGGAUGGCCCCGGAGGUAAUUCGAAUGAAAGAUCAGAACCCUUACUCCUUCCAAAGUGACGUUUACGCUUUCGGAAUCGUGUUGUACGAGAUGCUGACCGAGCAGCUACCGUACAACCAUAUUAACAACAAGGAUCAGAUCUUGUUUAUGGUUGGGUGUGGUAAAUUGCGCCCGGAUCUCACAAAAGUACGAACAGAUUGCCCGCAAGCGUUGAAGCGCUGUGUCGAAGAUUGCAUCAAGUUUAGCCGCGAUGAGCGACCACUCUUUCGGCUGUUGUUGAACAUGCUGGAAAAUAUGUUGCGUACCAUGCCCAAAUUCCACCGCAGCGCUAGUGAACCGAACUUCACUCAAACACAGCUACAGAAUGACGAUUUUCUGUACAUGUGUUCCAGCCCAAAGACACCAGUAAAUUUCCAUAACUUUCAGUUUUACAACGGUGCAGGCAACUAUUGAAUGUUGUUACAGUCUACGCUCGAAUUUUCGGAUUCGAAUUUUGGAAUAGUAGAGAUUAUUUGGAACUGCAUUUGUACAUAAGCUUUACCGUUGUGUGAUUGUAGCCAAUGUUCGUUGGAGAUUCCAUGUUCGUUGAAAUAUCCGGUCGUUGGAAGGGAAACUGUCGAUGAUUUACCAAAUAUUUUUCAAACUCAUUCUGUUUUUAUUAAUAUGGAUUGACAAUAUUAUAUGUUGAUCGUGAGUAGAAGAGGCCAUUUGCAGGAUGCAGGACGUUUACGGUGCUGUAAGAAAAAUAAUAAUUCUUUACGUUAUGGAAGCCUUUUUCAGAAAACAAACACAUAUUUUAAUAGUGCUAGUGCUCUACUUAUCAGCUUCGAUCGAGAAUCUUAGCUCAAAAUUUGUAAAAUAAACCCGUCUACGUACGGUAUGCCAUUGCUGUCGAUGCUUCUUGAAUUUAAACAGCACCGUAUGCGUUAAGGCAUUGCUUACUUCAUGAUUCUUCAUGGAAAUGGUUCUUUAUUCUUAUUCUGUUUUAUCAGCUGCUUUCUCGAUUGUUCUUUGCAUGCUAUUGUACCCUUGUGCAGUACCUCGUAACACACGAUUUCAUUAUCAACCGGUAACUUGUUUAUCUGCAUCAUUGUCCUAGUUUUGACAUAAUGCGGGCAAAUAGAAAAGGAGGUAACCCACUGAACUUAGUGAAAAAUAAUAUUUCAUAUUCAAAAAGAUUAAAACAUAUAACAUAUGUAACGAGUUGUGAAAUAUGAUUCACCUUCUGCUAAAUACAACCGUUAUUAGAGAGAGACAACUACCUUACGGGGGUUGUCGUGGCAAUGCAAUGAUUUCCAGGUUCGUUAGGCAUCAUAUUCAAACCUCACAAAACGGAAGCCAGAAAGAAGUAAUAGCUUUGACUAGACAAACAUUGUCGAUACGAAAGGUCUUCCUCCGAUAAGAAAAGUCUCCUGUGUAGCAUGUGGCCUGUACCAUGUGUUCAGAGGCUGAGAUUAAACAACAGUCUAGCCGUUUGAGUGUAGUUACUAUUUCUUUAUUGGCCAUAAACACUGCGUUAUGCAACGAAGGUAACGGCAAACGGCUAUUUACGUAAGUGCCCCGGUUUGGAACCGAAAUUUAUUUUGGUGUUUUAGAUGAGGACUGAAUUGGAUUGGUGUUUCAAAAUCAGAUUCAAUCUAGUACAUUUUUUUUGAGCUACACAAUUUUAUUUCAAUAUGCAACGAAUGGAGAGGCAAAACUAGUGGUAUGAAAGUAACCAAAAACUAAAAAAAAUUAAAUAUUUGUUUGUGGAGUAAUGUAAUAUAUCAAUGCACUUAGUUACUAGAUAUAUGCAUCAGAUGUUUUAUUAUUUUCUUGCAAACGAGUUUUAUCUGAAUUCGGCGCAAAUUUAAAGCGAGAGGCAGAAAAGCAGCAUCUUUGCAAAAUGUGGUUUGCAACCCACGGUUUAUGGUAACCUGAUCAUUGAUGUGUAUGCACGCAGCGUAAAAUCUAAAGGCCAACCACCUCGUUUAAGUUUUGGAAAAAGAUCACCGUUUAAUCAACCGCGGAUAGCCGAUACCCAUUCUGUUACCGCAAAGUAGGAGGUUACUGCUGCAGGGCAAUAACUGGAAGGAGAAAGUCAAAUUGCAAUCUUCUAUUUAGUUUACAAAGCGUUGAUGAACUUUAAAUGUACAUAAUGUUAACGAUGUAUUUAAAAUCAGCAAAGUAAUUAAAGCUUUCUCGUGAUUAACAAAAGAUGAACCUCUGAUUGCAAAAACGUAAUGCUACUUACUACUUAAUAUAAACCUACUUGCUUCAGGCGACUGACAUUCGCACGCCAGUCGCUUGCGCCGACCGUGUAGAAAUAUGAAGCGGAGAAACUAUUCCGAAGGACUUGUCAUUGGAUUAUUAGAAUAUAUAAAAGGGCUAUAUUAUUAAUUUUACGAAAAGUAAAGUAAACCGGUGUAAAGUAUCGGUACAGUUAAAGGAAGCAAAGGCAAAAUGCAAGAGAAGAAUGGAAAGAAAUAACACAUAUUACAAUUUACCCCACUCUGAUGGCUCUAUGAGUAAGCAACUAUAUACAGGAUAGUGAAUGAGGCUACCUUCGUGAAUGUUAUGCGUUGGUCUUAACGGCCAUACACAGCACUAAGGUAGAUAGUGGACAUUAUGGAGUGAAUAAAGUGAAGCUAAACAAAAUAUCAACAUUUAUAAGUAUUAAACUAAUGCAGAAAAAACACCUCUUACGAGGACAAAAUGAUGCUACGAGCUGAACACAAACAUUCGUGCGAGAACAUAGGAUACUUAGGAGGGAAUUGUAAAUUCUCCCCAAAUGUGGAAGACGAUUUGAGACCAGAUAAUUACAUUAUGAAAGCAAAUGCAGCCAUGGACACAACAACAAAGGGAAAGAAAAAAAGUAUAUAUCUUUUUUCUUUGAUCUGAAACCUUAAGAAACACACAAGUAUCGAAAAAGUGAAUAAAAUAA